AUGGCUCCCAAUCUAGCAGCAUCUCAGCAUGAGCUCAUUCGUGACAUGAUUUUAAGCAGAUCAUUGACUACUACUCAAAUGGCUGGCGUGGCUGGUUGCAGUGAGCGCAGUAUUAGAUAUAUUCGUUCGAACCUGCGACUUUUCGGCAGUGUCAAAGCACCUCCAAUCAAAGCCGGCCGACCGCGAAUGGUAACCCUGCCUAUGCUGGACGCCCUUUGCGAGCAUCUCCUUACGAAGCCGGAUCUGUAUCUAGACGAAAUGGCAACUUUCUUAUGGCAUGAAUUCGAGACUGUAGUGACAACCGCCAGUAUCAGGAGGGCGCUCAAAUCCGUUGGAUGGUCUAAAAAAGCAGCUCGUCGGAUUGCUGGAGAGCGUAAUGCGGACUUGCGGGACUGCUAUUUUCAUAGCCUGUCUGAAUUCCGUUCGUACCACCUUAUUUAUGUCGAUGAGUCGGGAUGCGAUAAGCGAGUUGGCUUCAGGCGAACGGCCUGGUCCCCUGUUGGAGUAACACCGUUGCAAAUCUCUCGGUUUCAUCGCGGACAGCGAUAUCAAAUACUGCCAGCGUAUGCCGAGGAUGGUGUUAUGCUUGCCCGUGUGUUCCAGGGAUCUACUGAUGCAUCCAUAUUCGAAGAUUUUGUGGAGCAGCUGCUUCAUCAUUGCGGGCGGUGGCCGGAGCCCAAAUCUGUGCUGAUAAUGGACAAUGCAUCAUUUCAUCAUACCGAGCGCGUGGAACAGAUGUGCAGCGACGCCGGGGUGAAGUUGCUGUACCUGCCUCCAUACUCACCAGACCUCAAUCCCAUUGAGGAAAUGUUUGCAGAGUUGAAGGCCUUCAUUAAGCGUAACUGGAAGGUAUUUGAAGAGGACCCGAGCUCAAUUUCGAUGUAUAUCUAGAGUGGUGCAUCGACGUUGUCGGUGCCAGAAAGCUGAGUGCAGAGGGGCAUUUUCGUCAUGCUGGGAUUACUCUGGAACACUGCCCUGCCUCUGAGCUUCGACGGGAUCCACCAGUGAUCCAACACCCCGCUUUUAUGUCGAUCAGGACCUCGAUGACUAAUCGGGACAACCCUGCGUGUCAAGAAGUCAGAGGUAUCAUUUCAGAUAAUAUGUAA